CGGGCUCUUUUGCUGCGGAGACGUCAGGGUGACGUCAUCGGCGCUGACGCAGGGCACGGCGGCAGCGGCCACAGCAUCCGAGCCGACGCCAGCGGUGGUCCUUCGCCUGCGCCCCGGCCCAUCCGCGCGACGUUUUGGCGAUUGGAGCAUCCUUCCUUUGUACUGCACGAGAUAAAAGAUAAGAUGGCCACCUCCUCCUCCUCCUCCACUCUGGACGAAGACGAGAGUUUGAAGGGCUGCGAAAUUUUUGUGCAGAGGCACAACAUCCAGCAGAUCCUCAAAGAGUGCAUUGUCAACCUGUGCAUCGCUAAGCCCGAGCGCCCUAUGAAGUUCCUGCGGGAGCAUUUUGAAAAGCUGGAGAAGGAAGAAUGCAAGCAGAUGACGGCUCGGCAGAAAUCCAACAGCCAGUCGGACUCGCACGACGAGGAGGUGUCCCCCCCGCCGCCGAACCCGGUCGUCAAGGCCCGCCGCCGCCGCGGAGGGGUGAGCGCCGAGGUCUACACCGAAGAGGACGCCGUCAGCUACGUGCGCAAGGUGAUCCCGAAGGACUACAAGACAAUGACGGCCUUGGCCAAGGCCAUCUCCAGGAACGUUCUCUUUGCUCACCUGGACGACAACGAGAGAAGCGACAUAUUCGACGCCAUGUUUCCCGUCACGCACAUCGCCGGGGAAACGGUGAUCCAGCAAGGCGAUGAAGGAGACAACUUUUACGUGAUUGACCAGGGCGAAGUGGACGUGUACGUGAACGGGGAAUGGGUGACCAACAUCGGGGAGGGCGGCAGUUUCGGCGAGCUGGCCCUGAUUUACGGCACUCCCAGAGCCGCCACCGUCAAGGCCAAGACCGACCUCAAACUGUGGGGGAUCGACCGGGACAGCUACCGUCGCAUCCUGAUGGGCAGCACUCUAAGAAAGCGAAAGAUGUACGAGGAGUUCCUCAGCAAGGUCUCCAUCCUCGAGUCCUUGGAUAAAUGGGAGCGUCUGACUGUGGCCGAUGCCCUGGAGCCGGUCCAAUUCGAGGACGGAGAGAAAAUCGUGGUCCAAGGAGAGCCCGGCGAUGACUUCUUCAUCAUCACCGAGGGAACAGCCUCAGUUCUGCAGCGCAGGUCCGACAACGAGGAGUACGUCGAGGUGGGACGACUGGGACCCUCCGACUAUUUUGGUGAGAUCGCGCUGCUGCUGAACCGUCCGCGGGCGGCCACGGUAGUGGCCCGCGGCCCCCUCAAGUGCGUGAAGCUGGACCGGCCUCGCUUCGAGCGCGUGCUGGGACCCUGCUCCGAGAUCCUCAAGAGGAACAUCCAGAGAUACAACAGCUUCAUCUCGCUCACCGUCUGACCGGUGCACCCAAACGGGCCAGCUGACCCGGGACCCGGGACCCGGCACGUGGCUUUUACUCGACCACAUUUACAAUGACAGGGUGAUCAAUUCCUGUUGCAUUUGUUUCGGGUUAUUUUUUUUUGGUUCUUUUUUUCUUGCUCACUUUUGCCCCGUGCCGUUGUAUAGCUUUGUGUAAAAAACAAAA